AUGGAAGGUGUCGCGUUUGGCCUCGCAGAUUCUUCCAGAGCAAUGAAGCCCUCCAGCAUCAGAACGUCACUUCUCUUUCUUCCUCUGCUCGCCUUUCUUCUGUUGGCUACGCAGCCUCGUCUCUCUCGUGCCGACGUCGGCACCGCCGCUCAAUACAGCCCUCCGUACACCCCGACCGCAUGUUUCGGCAAUGACCCAUCGCAGUUCCCGUCGAGCAACCUCUUUGCGGCGGCAGGUGAAGGGAUAUGGGACAACGGAGCGUCGUGCGGGAGGCAGUACCUAGUGCGGUGCAUCAGCGCCUCCGUCUCCGGAACCUGCAUCCCUAGCCAGACUAUCCAAGUCCGAAUCGUCGACCGUGCGCAAACCUCGUCCUCACGUCCCUCGAGAGAUGGCGCCACCAUCAUCCUGUCGACGACGGCAUUCGGUACAAUCGCAAAUGCGUCCGCCGUAGCCGUCAACGUCGAGUAUCAACAGUACGUUCGUUCCUCACCUAAUUAG